GCGCUCAAGUUUGGUCCUCGUUUCUUCUCGGAAUGCUCGUCAAUGGAUGACGAUGAAACGUACGGUCUCAGCUGCCCCGCCGCCGGUUACUCCGAUCACAGCUCUCCAUUACCUCUGCCGCCGGACCACCUCUUGUCACCGGCGAGUUACCUGCCGGCUCUCUGUGACGGUCCUCCAUUGCUCGGAUCGGAGCAAAUGUUCGCCGCUACUGCGACGGAACCCGGUGAUAUUGGAUGGGAAGAGGAUGCUCCUGGUGCAAUUCGAGCCAAAAUCCAAGCUCAUCCUCUAUGCCCUAAGAUGUUCCAAGCUUUCAUCGAUUGCCAGAAGGUGGGAGCCUCACCGGAGAUUGCGAAUCUGUUUGACGAAUUGUACCGAGAAAACAAUCCGUUUAGCGAAUCAACCGCAGUUUCAACUUGUUUGGGUGAUGAUCCUGAACUUGACGAGUUCAUGGGAACGUACUGCGACAUACUGAUGAAGUAUAAGUCCGAUCUGGAAAAGCAUUUCAACGAAGCAACAACGUUCUUGAACAGUAUCGAGUCGCAGCUGAGAAAUCUCUCUGCGGGCGCUUCCAAAAGCUAUGUUUCCGGUGACGUGCCGCGCCAACAAAGGCACACGCCUCUCCAAUCGGAUUCAGACGAGGCCAUGGAAUCAUCAGAGGAUGACGUUGGUGUAGGACAGACCUCCCAAAUAGGAGAAGAUCGAGAACUCAAGGAUAAGCUUUUUCACAGAUAUAGUGGUUGCGUAAGUUCCUUGAUGAAUGAAUUUUUAAAGAGGAAGAAAAAAGGAAAGCUACCUAGAGAAGCAAAGCAAAUUUUGCAUGAUUGGUGGACAACUCACUUCAAAUGGCCAUACCCAACGGAAGCAGACAAAGUUGCUCUAGCAAGGUCGACAGGCUUAGACCAAAAACAGAUAGACAAUUGGUUCAUAAACCAGAGAAAACGACAUUGGAGACAAUCGUCAGGGAACAUGCAAUUUGCUAUUAUGGAUAGCCUUUAUGGGUCAUUUCACAUUACUGAUCAUUGAGGUGGACUUUCUUUCGUUGCCUACUUUGUUCUUGUAUGGACUCAAACAUGGAUUAU